AUGCGAUUGACGCCAGUAUCUGUGCAAGUAUUUUGUGCAAUUGUAGGCUGCUUGUUUUUGUUUAUAUUUUGUCUUUCGGCUUAUCGACGAACCAUCUCUUAUCCAACAUCAUUUCCAAAAAAAUUAUUCGCUUAUCCUUCACAUAAGGUUCCUUUAAAUUGUACAACGUAUGGUGAAAAAUGGAUAAUCAUUACUACGAUCUUUUAUCCUACUGAUGCAGUUCGCAAAUUUCUUUCGUUAUCUAGCGAUUGGAAACUAAUGGUGAUCGGUGAUCGAAAAACACCAAAAGAUUGGGUGUCGAAUAUUACUCAGACACUCCGCUCUAAACUCAUUUUUCUAUCCAUCGAUGAUCAAUUAAAACUUGACUAUCGCAUUAUCGAAUUUCUGCCAGAAGGAGCAUACACGAGAAAAAAUAUAGGAUAUUUGGCGGCUAUUCAGUGUGGCGCAAAAAUUAUUUACGAGUCUGAUGACGAUAAUCUUCUCGAGGCGGACGAUAUCAUGGUUCUACCUAAGCAGAGUACAGCAUUAGAUGUGCCCUGGUACACAUUUCAUCAGAUAAGAUCGCCCUUCAUCAACAUUUACGGCUCCUUUGGUCAUCCUCGAAUAUGGCCGCGAGGCUUUCCUAUAGACGAAUUAAAAAACGUCACAGAAGAUGGAUGGAGUUCACUACGUCAGAAUGAAAAUCAUGAGCCUGUGAAUGCUUAUAUUCAACAGUACUUAGCUGAUCUCGAUCCUGAUGUCGAUGCUAUAUAUCGACUAGCACAUCCGAUGACUCUCGGUCAUAUUCGAUUUAAUCGAGAUCAAAAACCCGUAGCUGUCGAACCGUUCACAUUUUCGCCGUAUAAUACUCAAAAUACUGUAACUCACUACGAAGCGUUUUGGGGGCUUUAUCUUCCAGUAACUACGACAUUCCGCGUCUGUGACAUCUGGAGAGGAUUCUGGGUUCAGCGACUACUCUGGGACAUUGGAGGAAGCCUUGUGUUUGGCACUAGUACUGUUUCACAAACGCGAAACGCUCAUAAUUAUAUAAAAGACAUGGAUGACGAACAACAAAUGUAUCAUGAAAGCGGUAAAUUCGCUCGAUUUCUGACUCAGUGGUCUUCUUCUGCUCAGUCACUUUUUGAACGGAUAUUAGAGUUAGCAGAUGAUAUUGUUCAAGCUGGAUACUGGAAGUCUAAUGAAGUAGAAAUAAUGAGUGCAUGGUUAGAAGAUCUAGUCCGUGUGAACUACAAACCUCCCGCUAUUAGUCAUAACAAAGCCAAAACUUUCAAUACUGAAAUUAGAACAGCAGUUUGUGUAACUGGGGUAGUUGAGUGCUUUAACAAUCCUUGGAAUUUAACUGGAGUCGUAGAAUCGAUAAGUUCAAAUGAUAGCAAAAUGGAUGUUUUCUUAUAUUUGUCAACCAAUAUGACUAAUAAGGAAAAAUUAAGACACGUUAUGCAGCAUAAUUCAACCGUAAAAGUCUUUUAUGAAGAACGAUAUCUAGAUAUUGCAUAUUCUACUUCAUGCAAGCAUGUUUCCCGUAUAUCUGAAAGGAUAGUUCAAAGUUACUUUCAACAAUUAUGGAGUUUAGCAAAAUGUUAUGCAAUGGUAAAGGAUUACGAGAAAAAGAUGAAUCUGAAAUAUGAAAUAUUGAUUCGAGCUGCAGCAGGUGGAGUUUUAACAAAAUUAAAGCAGCCGUUUAAUAUCAGUAACAGGAUAGUCUUGCCAACUGAUAUGCACUUAAAAGGUGUAAAUGAUCGGUUUGCCAUCGGACCUAUGAACCUGAUGGCGCAUUAUAUGCAAAGAUGGAAUACAUUGCCAUCGUGUCAUCCGAAAAGUCUUGACUCUCAGGAUUAUUUAGAACACAUAUUAAGUUUGUACACAAAUGUAAUACUGGAUAAAGAUCUUGAAUAUAAGAUAGUAUGCGAAUAA